CCCCACCCCGGCGCCGCAGUUGGGCGCUUGCGCGGGGCGCGUGGCCGUGGCCAGGGUCUCAGCCGCAGUCGGUGCCGCCGCUGCUGGUGCCGCCGCUGCCGCCUCAGUCAGUCAGUUCCCAGCAAUGGCGGAAGGAGGUGAGCGAGAGGAGCUGCUCUCGCCGUCGCCUGUCUCUCCGGCUAAGCGCCUGUGCUCGUGGCCGAGCCCGCAGGCUCACCACUCUCGCGGUUCGCCUGGGGCGGCCAGCGGCGGGGUUGGGGGCGUCGGCGGCAGCUGCCUGGCCCCCGGGGCCCGCCCCCAUCUGCAGCCCGAGUCCUUGCUGGACUGCGCCGCCAAGACAGUGGCAGAAAAGUGGGCGUACGAGAGGGUGGAGGAGCGCUUCGAGCGGAUCCCGGAGCCAGUGCAGCGCCGCAUCGUCUACUGGUCUUUCCCGCGGAAUGAGCGGGAGAUCUGCAUGUACUCCAGUUUCCAGUACCGGGGCGGCCCCGGCGCCGCAGCCGCUGGCGGCGCCGCGGGGGCUUUGCCGGCCGAGGAGGGGCCGCCGCCGCCCCCCGGGGCCGCAGCUCCGACCAGCUCCGCCCCUGGGGCAGCCGUGGCGGGGGCGUCCCCUGGGCUGGGCACAGCGGCGGGAGCGGCGGGCAGCGGCGGCGAGGCGCUGCCGUUCCGCCGGGGCAUUCGUCUGCUGGACAGCGGCUCGGUGGAGAACGUGCUGCAAGUCGGCUUCCAUCUCAGUGGUACAGUAACUGAGCCAGCUACCACUUCUGAACCAGCAGUGACUUACAAAGUUGCAAUCAGUUUUGACCGAUGCAAAAUCACCUCAGUGACAUGUGGCUGUGGGAACAAAGAUAUAUUCUACUGUGCUCAUGUGGUGGCACUCUCACUCUACAGGAUCCGUAAACCAGAGCAAGUCAAAUUGCGUCUUCCUAUCUCAGAAACCCUUUUCCAGAUGAAUAGGGACCAGCUACAGAAGUUUAUUCAAUAUUUAAUCACGGCACACCACACUGAAGUUCUUCCUACUGCGCAGAAACUGGCAGAUGAGAUUCUAUCCUCCAACUCAGAAAUCAACCAAGUGAAUGGUGCCCCUGACCCCACAGCUGGGGCCAGCAUUGAUGAUGAGAACUGUUGGCAUUUGGAUGAAGAACAGGUGAAAGAACAAGUGAAACUCUUUCUCUCCCAGGGUGGUUACUAUGGCUCUGGAAAGCAACUCAAUUCAAUGUUUGCUAAGGUUCGAGAGAUGCUGCGGAUGAGAGAUUCCAAUGGAGCCAGGAUGCUGACGCUGAUAACUGAGCAGUUUAUGGCUGACCCACGACUCACACUCUGGAGGCAGCAAGGAACAAGCAUGACAGAUAAGUGCAGGCAGCUCUGGGAUGAGCUAGGGGCCUUAUGGGUAUGCAUCAUUUUAAAUCCACAUUGCAAACUGGAAGAAAAAUCCUGUUGGCUGCAGCAACUGCAGAGGUGGAGUGACCUGGAUGUCUGUCCCCUGGAGGAUGGGAACUAUGGGCAUGAGCUACCCAACAUCACCAAUGCACUUCCCCAGAAUGCCAGUCACAGCCCAGACUCCUUAUCCAGACCAAGACGAACAGUGUUCACUAGAGCCAUUGAGGGCCGUGAAUUACAUUGGCAGGACAGCCAUUUACAGCGAAUAAUAAGCAGCGAUAUAUAUACAGCUCCUGCCUGCCAGCAGGAAAGCGAGAGACUACUCUUUAAUUCCCAAGGCCAGCCACUGUGGCUUGAGCAUGUGCCUACAGCCUGUGCUCGGGUUGAUGCCCUGCGUUCCCAUGGUUAUCCAAAAGAGGCCCUCAGACUCACAGUGGCCAUUAUCAAUACUCUGAGGUUGCAGCAGCAACGGCAGCUGGAAAUCUACAAGCAUCAGAAGAAAGAACUGUUACAGAGAGGAACCACAACCAUCACAAACCUGGAAGGUUGGGUGGGCCACCCACUGGAUCCCAUUGGCUGCCUGUUUCUCACUUUGACUGAGGCCUGCCGUUUGAAUGAUGAUGGCUAUCUGGAAGUGUCAGAUAUGAAUGAAAGCAGACCCCCUGUGUACCAGCAUGUACCUAUGGCUACAGGCUGCCCAAACAGCCAUGAAUCCUACCUGUCAUUGGCCCUGGAAGUUGCUCUGAUGGGGAUGGGUCAACAGAGGGUGAUGCCUGAAGGCCUCUACGCACAGGACAAGGUGUGCCGUAAUGAGGAGCAGCUCCUAAGUCGACUUCAGGAGCUACAGCUGGACGAUGAGCUAGUGCAAACACUGCAGAAACAAUGUAUCUUACUACUGGAAGGGGGCCCCUUCAGUGGUUUAGGAGAAGUCAUUCACCGAGAGAGUGUUCCCAUGCAUACCUUUGCCAAGUAUUUGUUCUCAGCUCUACUGCCUCAUGAUCCAGACCUGUCCUAUAAAUUAGCCUUACGUGCCAUGAGGUUACCUGUUCUAGAAAGCUCAACUUCUACAGGAGACACUUCUCACCCUCACCAUAUGGUGUCUGUGGUGCCCAGCCGUUAUCCUCGCUGGUUCACGCUUGGACACUUGGAAUCACAGCAGUGUGAACUGGCCUCCACCAUGCUGACCGCUGCCAAAGGGGACACUCUGAGGCUCCGGACAAUUCUGGAAGCAAUACAGAAGCACAUCCAUUCUUCCUCCCUCAUCUUCAAACUGGCCCAAGAUGCAUUCAAGAUUGCUACUCCCACAGACAGUAGUACUGACAGCACCCUGCUCAACGUGGCUCUGGAGCUGGGGUUACAGGUGAUGAGGAUGACCUUAUCAACUCUUAACUGGAGGCGCCGGGAGAUGGUGCGGUGGUUGGUAACAUGUGCUACAGAAGUGGGUGUGCGGGCCUUGGUGAGCAUUUUGCAGAGCUGGUACACACUCUUCACUCCCACUGAGGCUACUAGCAUUGUGGCUGCCACAGCUGUAUCCCACACCACUAUCCUGCGCCUCAGUCUUGACUAUCCACAGCGGGAGGAGCUAGCUAGCUGUGCUCGCACGCUGGCUCUACAGUGUGCCAUGAAGGAUCCACAGAGCUGUGCCCUGUCAGCCCUUACACUCUGUGAGAAAGACCACAUCGCCUUUGAGGCAGCCUACCAGAUCGCCAUUGAUGCUGCCACUGGUGGCAUGACGCAUUCACAACUAUUCACCAUUGCCCGCUACAUGGAGCUCCGUGGCUACCCGCUACGUGCCUUCAAAUUGGCCUCUCUGGCCAUGAGCCAUCUCAACCUGGCCUACAACCAGGAUACCCAUCCGGCCAUCAAUGAUGUGCUCUGGGCGUGUGCCCUCAGCCACUCUCUGGGCAAGAAUGAGCUGGCGGCCCUCAUUCCCCUUGUGGUGAAGAGUGUGCACUGUGCCACAGUGCUUUCAGACAUCUUGCGGCGUUGCACAGUGACUGCACCUGGCCUGGCUGGUAUCCCAGGCCGCCGCAGCUCUGGAAAGCUCAUGUCCACUGACAAAGCUCCACUCCGCCAGCUGCUGGACGCCACCAUCAAUGCCUAUAUCAACACUACACACUCACGCCUGACACACAUCAGCCCUCGCCACUACGGAGAGUUCAUUGAGUUUCUGAGCAAAGCUCGGGAGACCUUCCUGCUGCCCCAGGAUGGCCACCUGCAGUUUGCCCAAUUCAUUGACAACCUCAAACAAAUCUACAAAGGCAAGAAGAAGCUGAUGCUGCUGGUACGAGAGCGCUUUGGCUGAGAAAGCAGACAGUUCACUGCCAGGGCAGCCUGGGCUCCCAAGUACCACAGGUCAGGCCAAGGACACCAAAACAUUUGUCCACCCUGAGAGGACUCUGAGCACCUGUGGCUGAAGCCAAAGGACCACAGGGCUAAGCAUGGGAAAGUCCAACUCUAGCCAAUAUGCCUUCCUUGGCAAGGUUCUCACUACAGCCCACUGUUCCUGGUGGGCCCUGCAGAUCAAUCAGAAACCCCACAACAUGCCACCUCACGCCCCUAUAUCCUGCGUGUCCUGGGCAUUGGCCCACUCUCCCUUGGCAAACACAGAACACUGUUCCGUCUCAGGGAUUGCUUAACCAGAGAAACAGAAGCAUUUAUGGUACUGUAAAUACUAUAGUAUAUGUGUUGCCAAUUACAUUGUAAAGUUGUAACUAUUUAUAAUUCUGGUUCUAAUUUGAUGGGUACUUGAAGUAGCUGUGGGUGGGAAGAUAGGCUUGUUUUCUGAGGAGACUCACAACCAUUUCUCAGGUUUCCCUUGCAGAGUAUAUACUGUUUGCAGAGGAAGAGUAGGGGUGGCAGGGAGAACAACGGCCAGUUAUAAUAAAUCCCAGGUCCAGUCUAUGCAGAAACCCAGCCUGCAGACACCGGUCAUCUAUAGCCCAGUAGUGGGAGAGGGGCAGGGCCAGGACUGGACUUAGACUCUUGCCUCAUGAAGCCAUGAGAACAGUGAAGCUCUUGCUCCUGCUACACACAGGUUCUCUAGGAGCCUGUUGAGCUCCUGAGAAACAAGUUCAAGGGGAGAGUGAAGGUCUGGGAGGCCACUGAGCUCAUACUCAUAUUUAUCUACUCUGGUCAUCUUUGUGUUAGAGAGUAUCUGGUUUUAUCUCUAGUUAUGUAUGCGUGUGUAUGUAUCUGUAUGGCUAAGUACAUGUAUCUGUGUGUGUAGAUAGAUCUGUGCAUACCUGUCUGUGCAUAUAUAUUUAUGUGUAUGUCAGUUGUGUGUGUACAUGUGAGUACAUAUCUGUGUGCUGGACUGUAGAUUUCUGUGUGAGGGUAUACACAUUUGUCAACAUGUAAGAAUACAUACCUGUGUGUUCAUGUUUGUCAGUGCACAUUUAGUGGGGGGUGCAUACACAGAUGCAUGUGUAAAAACAUGUUUGUAUGCU